AUUAAUGUUCCAAUUGCUCUACUGACUGGGAGCGCUCUGCUGGAGCAGGCCUUGUCUAAGCCUCUGCAGAGGCCACAACAGCUUGUGCCAGGCUCUGCUUCUUGUCUGCUGGCCUAGGAACCAUGACCCUGUUGGAGAUGUGGAAAGCGGAGCCUGGCUUUGGGGAGAGCCGAGCUUAGCGCUCUGAGAGCACCUUGGAGCAGGGCUGAACUCUGGGAAGAAGAUCUGGGGUCUGCUGAGUCCUCUAGGAUCUUGAACCACAUCCCCCAUGCAGCCACAUCCUUUCAAAGCUGGGAGUAAAGAGAAGCAGGUGUUCAAGCUUUGUGUGGAACCUGCCUCCUGCUGCAGCCCCAAGGGUCUUGGUCUCCCCACCUGUGUCUCCCCAGCUCCGAGGACAUGGACAACUGCUGCAAGCAUGCUCUGCUCCACCAUGUUACCUGCCUGUUUGCCCUUGCACAGCUGCUUCCCCGGGCAUCCACAGAUGAGUUCCGGGUGUCUGGUCCCUCAGACCCCAUUGUGGCCGAGCUGGGUGGAGAAGCCAUACUUCCCUGCUCCCUGUCUCCAGCCAUGAGUAUGGAGAACAUGGAGGAGCUGAGGUGGUACCGAACCAGGUUCUCAGAAGCAGUGUUUGUCUAUCGGGACCAACAAGAGCAGGAGGAAGAGCUGAUGGCUGAGUAUUUAGGGCGGACAUCCCUGGUAAAGGACCAGUUCCACCAAGGCAAGGCUGCCGUGCCCAUCCACAAGGUCUGGUUGUCAGACAGUGGAACAUACAUCUGCUUCUUCAAACAGGGUCCCUACUAUGAAGAGGCCGUCUUGGAGCUGAAGGUGGCAGGGAUGGGCUCUGUCCCUGAAGUGCACAUCACAGGCACAGAAGAUGGUGGUGUGGGUAUGGUGUGCAGGGCUUCAGGGUGGUACCCGAAGCCCCAGGUGCAGUGGAGAGACUCCAGAGGGGAGAUACUCUCAGCAUCCUCUGAGACCCACACUGAAGAUGCUGAAGGGCUGUUCAGCGUGGAGAGCACAUUGGUGGUGAGAUACAGGUUCUUGGGGAAUGUGACCUGCUCCACCUUCAAUCCCAUCCUGGGCCAGGAGAAGGCCAUGGCCAUCUUCAUCCCAGAGCCCUUCUUCCCUCAGGCUUCUCCCUGGAUACCAGCUUUUGCCGUGAGCAUGACCACGAUGGGACUUCUAGUCCUAGGGUCUUCCUGUUUUCUUAUAUGGGAGCAGCGUGCAAGGCUGCAGGUGCAUCAGGAACUGGAGAAUCUGCGGCGUGAGCAGGAGGAGUUGCAGAAGACAAAGGAGGAUGCUCUGAAGACAGCGUGCACACUCCAAGAGGAGCUGGAUCGGAGGAAGGCAGCUUAUAUGGCUGCCUGGAGGAAGGCCCCACUGUAUGCAGAUUGGCGCAGGGAGCACUUCCAGUCCUGGUCUGUCACUCUGGAUCCAGACACUGCCCACCCCAUCCUUGACAUCUCUCAGGACAGGAGGCGUGUGACCUGGAAGGAUACCACCAUGCACUUGGAUGGCCCCUUCAGUGUGUUAGGCAUGGAAGGCAUCUCCUCCGGAAGACGCUACUGGGAGGUGGAGAUAAGGCGGGGAGACAGCAGCGAGUGGACUCUGGGGGUCUGCAGGGAAGAUGUGGUCAGGAAAAAUUGGUAUUCAGAGUGUCCAGGAAAGGGGUUUUGGACUGUGGGACGGUCUAAUGAUGUAUAUUUGGCCUUUACUGAACCUGGAAAAACCUCAUUACCCUUUAGGCAAGCUCCUCAGCGUGUGGGGGUGUUUGUGGACUACAGCGAAGGCGACAUUUCCUUCUAUAACAUGAGUGAGAAGUCCCACAUUUUCUCCUUCCAUGAAGCUUCCUUCUCUGGGACUCUUUUCCCAUACUUCAGGCUUAAGUCUGGAGAUGUUUCAAUGAUUCUCAGCUCCAUGGUGCAUGACUCUGAUGGGGAGGAAGUGGAGGAAGGAAAGGAGAAGGAGGAGGGGGAGAGGAAGAAGAGGGAGAAGAAAGGGAAGAGGUUAUUUUUGCCUACUUUGGAGGAGUCUGGGAAUCCCCCAGGGGAGAGGCUUACCCCAGGCUCUGGAGUUGUUGACUCUCCCCCAGGGGAAGAAUUCCCAUUCCUCCCUCAUCCUUGUGACAUUUUUCUCCCAUAGUGCAGUUCACUGCCUCUAAGUUGUCAAUGUGAGUCUUGUGGGACUAUAGAAGCCACAGGAAAGCCCACAGGAUGAGUCCUGGAAGAGCCUGGAGCCUUGGCCACUGCUCUCAGGUCUGACUCUGUGGCUUUGGGAACAGUGUGUCCAUGCCUUGUGUUCAGACACCAGACGAUGAGCCUCGACUGUUGCUUCAUCUGAUUUGAAUUAUGGGUAGGCAUGCUCCUUUUGGUGUUAAAUAGCAUUUUCCUGGGUUUCAUUCCUUUUGGUAGGAAACUGACCAAAGAUUAAAUGGACAUUGUUGUAAUUCAUUCAUCUGGCCAUGGGCUCUAGGGUCUUCUGUGUGUGUUGACCCUUGUGACCAGUGUGCUGUGAGUAAGAGGGAGCAGAUGUCUCUGAGACAUGAAUCCCUGCACUCAGGGUUUGUUCCCAGUAGUGGGAUUGCUAGGUCAUAGAUAGUUAUAUUCAGUGUCCUUGUCUGUGGACAACAACCUGUGCAUCAGGUGUCCAUGAACCAGCCUCAUCCUAAGUCAGUCUGUUAAUAAAAUAAUUUAUUAAUA